UCAAAACACGGCAUCCAACGUCACACCUAACACAGUGCGCUGUAAUGUCCAACUAAUGUUACGUAACAAUAAAUAGUCUGUAAUAAAUAAAAAUGUAAUCCUAACCACAAAACACAAAUGUAACUCUCUCUGACCGGCUAGCUAUCAAAAUGGCGAAACUUAAAUACGAUCUGCCGACAAACACCUUUCCAUAUAAGAUUACUAGGAGGUUGAAUGCCCUUAGCGUGCCUCGCCGGUACUGCUAUGAGACCAUGGAGGGCAUGCCGGCGUACACUCCCACCGGCAUCAGGAAGUCAGCGCUCGCGGGGACCACUUCCGAUCGAGUCAAUGAUAUAGCUUGGCCCUGGAUACGGCGUUUAGUGAUAAUAAAGAAGCAAUACAAGAACAGAUUCAGCAGCGAACGCCUUGAGCGCAUCGAUCGUAUGAUUGAGUUCGCCAACGCCACACUUUAUACCAAACUUGCGAACUGUGUGAUAGAUCUCAAGAAACAAGACGCUAAAGAAGUCAAGAAAAAGCGCGGCUGGACGGAAAGCGAGUGGAAGAAACAUAUGGAUUAUAUAGGACAAGUAGCUGCGCCCAAAAAGGAGUUUAAACCGCCUCCUGUUAAGAGAGGCAAGUCAGUGCCCCUGGAAGUGCUAAUGCCUCGCAUCACGGCGAUGGCAUCACGGCCUGACUUCAAGUGCUACAAGAGGAUGUCGCAAGAGAACUGGUACAGAAACCCUGAAAAGGUCGCUCCAAGUGCAUUGAAAUACGUACUGACAGAAAGGACUAAAAAGCUAGCCGCUCCGAGAAAUUUACAGCCGCAGGAUUAAACCACCACAAACCCACGGAACGACCAACACAACACACCAGCCUUAUGAAUGUGAAGCAUGUAGUAAUAGUAUAGUCUUUUAAAACAUUACAUAGUAGUUUAGUGACGUAAAAAUUUAAAUAAACACACGCACUGUC